CCUGUCCGAAACCCUGCUCGGUUCCUUAACCAACUUGAAUUAAUCUUCCUAUCCGUCCGGCCGACUUUCCACGAAACUUCCACGAAACUUCUUCCCUUCUUUCCAACUUGCUAUGAUCCCAUUGCUUUGAGCGUCCACACACGUUCUCUCGCCAUCUCGAGACAAUGAAGCCGCGCGCUGCGGCCGACUCGACGCUUGAUCAAAGGGUGUUGCAACCUCUUCCAAAUCCAAAAUACACGACGUUGCAUCCGAAUCCGCCCCGCUUACCACCGCCGUCCUCACACCCCCUGCCAUCCCGACGCUACACAACUUUCGAUUGCUAGCCCUAAGCUGCAGACGCAGACGCAGACGCAGCUCCUAGAGACGCACGAGAACAAACUGCGCCUCCUACGGCAGAGCCAUGCCGUCGACAGAGGCUAAUACCGUCGAGGACACGCAAUUGGGCUUGACUGAUGAGGAAAUAAAUCUCCUUCGGUACCACCAAGCUCAAGCCGGCUCAUCUUCGUCGCGUGCCGCUAGUCGCGCCUCCUCCCAAGGUCGUCUUCUCCUCGACAGUUCCAGCCUUGCUGCCCUUGCACGACAUCUUGACCGCCUGAUGCAACAAAUUCAACAGCGUAUCGAGAACCUCAGCAACCAGUGCUCCGUUGUGACUAUGCAGCAGUAUGACCACGCAGGCAAUCUGGUGGACAAUGCCGAUGCUGAAAUUGCGCGCUUUCAGGGUAUUAUGGCUCAGAUCGACGAGCUAGAGCUCGACUUUGACCGCAUUGCCCACAUUAGAGAUAUUGUGAGGGACUACCGCCAGCGAGUCGAAGCCCUAGAACGCGAGCUCGAGAAUUCAAGUUCAUCGCGGCGCGAACACCACCAUUCUCAUCGUCACGGCCACGGCCAUUCACAUCGACGCGAGGCCGGUUCUUCAAGCCAUCGACACAGACACUAAAGGGCGAUUUAAAGAUGACUCGGUUAUAUUGGCAGUUCUGUAGACCAGGGCGCUCAUAAUUACAAGCUGGCGAGAAAAAGAAUUAUAUACCCAGCUCUCUAAUGUAUAUGGAGAGCUAUUACUGGGUUGAGAGCGGGCUUUCACAGGCUGUGGCACGAACAAAUAGAAGCACAAGGUCACACGACCACAGGAAGAUGGCUGGUAGCAUCUAAGUGAUGAUUACGUCGUCGGCGGGACGGGCACAGCACCGCCUAUUUGGAGGGGAGACUGUUCUUCUAUGGCUAUUGGUGCCAUCGGGAGAAGAUGGGAAUCUAUAAUAUUUAUUCUGUCUCAUCAAAGAUGAAUCGGAGCCUCGCGGCUAAGUAAGAAGAAGGGGAUAUAGCCUCACGGCUUUUUACGUUUGUGGGGAAACAUUUACGGCGUUGGAGGGUUUCUUCUUCCUUCUUCCAUCUUCCCUUCUUUUUUUUUAGUUUGAUAAUACCCCCUUAUUUACGAGA